UUUAAAAGCAACUUCACAAAUAUCUCCUGGAGUAAUUUUCUAGAUAAACCCCAGCCAUUCCUUUUUCAAAAUUUAUCUAAUCUUCAAAAAUCCAAAAAGAUAAAGAAAAGUCAAACUUACUUUUCUUUUUUCCUUUUGCAUAAUUGCCGGCUGCACUCUUUUUUCUUCUCACCAUUUGUGGCCCCAUCAACCUUUAUUUUAAUUUUCAAUUUUCAAAAAGCAAAUCCCAAAAGCAAGGAUUAGUUGAAAAUUAAAAAUUAAAAAUUAACUUUAUCUUCUCCAAACACCACGACACCGACUUUCUCUUCCAUUUUCUUUUGCUUUUACCGCCGGCUGCUACUAAUUUCAUACCUUCAAUUUUUCUUUUCCAGACCCACAAAAUCAAAACUAGCAAACCGGUUCCUUUCUUCAAGAUCCACUACCGGCUGCUCCCUUUCUUCAUUUUUUUUUUUUAUUUUGUUUCUCCAAAUCCAACCAAAACCAGCUACCCACUUCUUUUAACUUCCAGAUCUACUACCGGCUGCACUCUUCCUUUGCUUGUUUGUCCAGAUUUGCUCGGUGGUCCCCCCGGAGACUCUUCUUGCUUCACAGGUCUGUCCGGCUUGUGCCCGGUACUCACUUCCAGGCAGCCUUUCCUUGCCAAAAUCAUCCCCAUGGCUCAUGACCGAGAAGAGCAAACCAUGCCCACCGGAUCUGCUUCCAUGGCCGGUUCAAAGGCCACUCCUUGCUUGAGGUCACCUCCCCCAAAUUUAAUUGAAAUCUUUCAAAACCGUAACCUUCAAGAUGAUAUAAACAGGGUACUCCAAAAACAGAAACCAUGCCAUUCAAGCCAAACUUUCGUUCCCCAUAAAAAAUCUCAGAUUUUGGGCCCUUAUUUUGUGUCUCAUCCGCUGUUCUGGCCCCUCCACAACUCACCAAAAAAUCUGAAGGGAAGAAUGUUGUAAAAGAGAAUGAGGACCUGGAAUCUGCCAUGGCCGCCCAGAUCAGCCAGCUAGAUCUGCCAGGGAGAGCUCCCAAACUUCAAGUCAAAAGGAAAUUUGUUGCUCCUGCAGAUUCCACGGAAGAGGAUACCCCCACCAAGCAGCGAAGAACCGGAGGUAAAUCCGCUUUGGCUUGCAACUUUGUGACAUAUCUGCCCAGCCUGGCUUGUGUCCGGUGGCCCCAGCAAAAAUCUUCCCCUUGCCAAAAUUACUUCCAUGGCCAGUGACCGAGAAGAUCAAACCAUGCCCACCGGAUCUGCUUCCAUGGCCGGUUCAAAGGCCACUCCUUGCUUGCGGUCACCUCCCCCAAAUUUAAUUGAAAUCUUUCAAAACCGUAACCUUCAAGAUGAUAUAAACAAGGUACUUUCAUCCUCGGUUUCUUGAUGUUAUGGAAAAUAUUUCUGUUCUGGCCCCUCCACAACUCACCAAAAAAUCUGAAAGGAAGAAAGUAGUAAAAGAGAAUGAAGACCUGGAAUCUGCCAUGGCCGCCCAAAUCAGCCAGCCAGAUCUGCCAGUGAGAGCUCCCAAACUUCAAGUUAAAAGGAAAUUUGUUGCUCCUGCAGAUUCCACAGAAGAGGAUACCCCCUCCAAACAGCGAAGAACAGGAGGAAUUAAGAGGCCAGCAGUGAAACCUGCAGCCGCCAAAAAGCUCAUCAAAUCUGCCUCCCCAUCAGAAUCCACUUUUGCCAUGGAAACCCAGAUUCCUCCUAACAAAAUAGAAGAUGUUUCUCCCAAGCUAGACCAAGUUGAAGAAAACAUUGCUGCAAGUGAUGAAGGUGAUUCUGCCACCAUCCCUACGAAAUCUGGCAACGGUUCUUCUCCAGCCACAAAGGUUAGGGGUUCUAGAUUCUCUUCACGCAUAGCAAACAAAAACUUUAGAACAGUUAGACCGAAUGAACUCAUCGAUCUAAGCCCAGACAAAGAGAAUACCCCUACACCUGUAGCUUCUCCUGCUAGGCAUGUUCAUGUUGAUGACUUUGAGAGUGUUGCUGUUGAUGUGCCCAUGAUUGAUGAUGAUUUGGAGAAUGAACUCCUUGCCCAGCUGGAUAUGUUGAUGGAUACUCCGGCUAAAUCUGGAUCUGCCACAGAUAGUAAAGGGAAGGCAGUUGUUGAGGAAGUGGAAUCUGACGCCAACCUUCCUCCUCAGGAGCAGAUCAGUCUUGCGAUCAUGACCAUGCAAGAGCUCCUGGGUGGUGAUCCUUCCCAUUUUUGCAAAGCGCCGGACCAGCCAACCGCCUUUGAAGCGGCUCAAGUCCUUAGCCGAGCUCCUCAAUUAUCAUCUUCUCAGCACAAGUUCUGGGCAGACUUCUCCUCCCUUUACACGCACUUCAGCAAGAGACUUCGGGUGUUAGAAGGCAAAGUGGCGGCUGCAGAUUCUGUUAGGAAGUCUGUAGCAAAUAGUACCGCUGCUGUCUUGAAGCUGAGCUUUCGGAGUUGAAAAACCAGGUCCCUCUUGCGGAGCAAUCUGAAAAGAAUUUGGCAGAACAAAGAAACAAGCUUCGCAUGAACAUGGAAGCUGGAUUGAAAUCUACAGCCAAGAUCAAGGAUCAACUACCUUCCUUCACAGCCUCUGCAGACGAAGCCGUCGAAGAGAUAAAGACCAUGAAAGAAGAAUGGAGCUCAUGGCAAAACAACCUUAGUU